CUCCAGCAACAAAGACCAGGAUGGAAAAGUCAUUGUGCAUGCUGCCUGCAGUGCUUUUCCUGGGACUUUUGACACACGGUGCUGCAGCACUGAUAAACACCCCAGCACCGACUAAGAGUUAUGCAUUAAUCAACUACACAACAACAACAAGGCCAACUCUGAAUUGGACCGAGGCUGUGACCGUGAAGGGCGAGAGCAGGGACGGAACGACUCCAGCAACAGCAGAGCCAGACAUUUUCACCAUCACUGUCAGAGACAAACAGCUGGACACCACGGACACCAGCAAAGAAAGAAACAAGAAAGAGAAAGACCCAAGAGACCGCAAGACUGAAGAUGACAAAUCGAAACUGGACUGUCCUCCCCUUGGCCUGGAGUCCCUGCGAGUUGAUGACAGCCAGAUUCAAGCUUCGUCCUACCAGCGGUCGGGGCUGGGUCCUCACAGGGGGAGGCUGAAUAUCCAGUCUGGCAUUGAGGAUGGAGAUCUGUAUGAUGGAGCUUGGUGUGCCGAGUAUAAGGACCGGCACCAGUGGCUCGAGGUGGAUGCCCUUCAUCUCACUCUGUUUACUGGAGUUAUUCUGCAAGGGCGAAACUCCAUCUGGAGUUGGGACUGGGUUGAAACCUACAAAGUUCAGCUGAGUAAUGACUCUGUAACCUGGCAUACCUCCAUGAACGGGACGCGGGAAGCGCUAUUUGAAGGAAACCAGAAUCCUGAGACGCCGGUUCUUGGGCUCCUUCCUGUUCCCACUGUUGCCCGUUUCAUCCGCAUCAACCCACAGACCUGGUACUCCAACGGGACCGUCUGCCUCAGGGCUGAGAUACUUGGCUGCCGUGUUCACGAUCCAUCUGACAUUUUCUCAGAGCAUGAAUCAGGAUCCAAGGAUGCUCUGGACUUUAGACACCACAACUACAAAGAGAUGAGAAAGCUCAUGAAGUCUGUGACGGAGGAGUGUCCCGACAUCACCCGCGUCUACACUAUAGGGAGGAGCUACAUGGGCCUCAAACUCUACGUUAUGGAGAUCUCAGAUAACCCGGGCAAACACGAAAUCGGGGAACCUGAGUUUCGCUACGUGGCAGGCAUGCACGGAAAUGAAGCUCUUGGUCGAGAGCUUGUCCUAAACCUCAUGCAGUAUAUGUGCAAAGAAUACAAAAAGGGCAACCAGCGUAUUGUACGGCUGGUCACCGAGACGCGAAUCCACCUCCUGCCCUCCAUGAACCCAGAUGGAUAUGAGGGGGCUUAUGUGAAGGUUGCACCAGAGACACGUGCAGUCAUCAGCUGGAUGCAGGACAUUCCCUUUGUGCUCAGCGCCAACCUCCAUGGUGGAGAGCUUGUUGUUACCUAUCCCUUCGACUGCACCCGUGACUGGGCGCCGCAGGAAGACACGCCAACAGCAGACAACGCCUUUUUUCGCUGGCUGGCCUCGGUCUAUGCCUCGACUAACCUGGUGAUGGCCAACCCGGACCGACGUAUCUGCCACUACGAGGACUUUCAGUUACAUAACAACAUCAUCAACGGCGGAGCCUGGCACACGGUUCCUGGCAGUAUGAACGACUUCAGUUACCUGCACACCAACUGCUUCGAGGUGACAGUGGAGCUGUCCUGUGAUAAGUUUCCUCAUGUUAGUGAGCUCCCCAUCGAGUGGGAGAACAAUAAGGAGUCUCUGCUGGUUUACAUGGAGCAGGUUCACAGAGGCAUCAAAGGUGUGGUCAGGGACAAGCUCACCAAAAAAGGAAUAGCAGAUGCUAUAAUCAAGGUGGAGGACCAUGACCAUGACAUCCGAUCAGCCACUGAUGGGGACUACUGGCGUCUUCUGAACCCAGGCGAGUACAAGGUGAUCGUUUGGGCCGUGGGUUACUUCCCAUCCAUGCGUCGGUGCAAUGUUGGCAUGGAACCAAAUCCCACCAUCUGUGACUUCAUCCUCACCAAAACACCCAUCCAGAGGCUGAAGGAGAUCAGGGCCAAAGGGGGGAAGAUCCCGCAGGAUCUUCAGCUGCGUCUUCGUGCUCUGAGGCUCCGAAAGCUACGGGCUAGCACCAAGGCAAUCAACCGCCGCAGGGAGGGUCAGCGGAUGAGAAGAGCUCGGUCCUCUCAAGCCUGGAAAGCAUGAGAGGAGAUGGGAGAACGGGUUCAUGAACUGUCCUCUGGGAAAAAUUACAUUUCUGCUGUUGAAGGAGCUCACCUGGUUAACAAAAAGUAUUUCUCAAAUAUCAAAACAUGCAGACCGUUGUAUGUCUGAUACUGUUCUCAGUUUGGGGACCCUUCAGGCUAUGACAGGCACAUAAACUCUUGGGGACAAUGUCAUUGCAGAACAGGUUUUUAAAUUGGUUCAAGUAUCCUUAAAAGUUACACAAAGAGUUCCUAAAUUGUGAAUUUACUGGGUUUGUGUUCUUUUGUACAUUAACUAAGGUGAGGAUUUCAGUGUCAGCUGGCCUGAUGUCAUAAAUUUUCUAAAAGUGUUUUUUUUAUUUUUAUUUUAGUUUGGUUGUCUGACUAAAGUCCAACUGGACCAAUAAAGUUAAAUAACUGUG